AUUACUACGAUAUGUCUACUUAUAAUGUAUCAUAUGAGUACAUGCAUUGUUUCAACGCAAUGGAUGAGAUUUCAGAGUCUGAUCCUAUGGAAAUUGAAACGGGGCAGCCAGGAGUAAGCAAGAAGGUAGCGGAACCCGACAUUAAGAAACUUAUGGAUUUAAGUAGCUAUGAAGGCUUUCUUCGUAACAUUUCUAUGAGCACUGGAAUACUAGAGGCACAUGCUAACGAAAAGGAAGAUAGUAGCUCAAAACUAUUACCUGUUAAAGCGUCUACUGAGAAGAUUUGA